CCCUCUCCCUCUCCCUCUCAUCUUUCAUCUCUUCACCUUCUUCAACACCCCAUCAUGGCUUUGUCAUUGCACCCAUUUGUUUCUCCUCGCUCCACUUCUCUCUUCAACUUCCCUACACCGAAGCCUACUACAACUAUAACCCUCCAGAAACAUCUUAAAUCAACAACUGCUGUAAGAACCAGCUUCCCAAAAUGUCAUGCAGUGGCUGAUAUAAGUACCAGUAGUGUGACGGAAGAUGAUCAUCAGGUUCUUGUGGGUCCUUCCAGUGAAGAGGAAAGGAGAGGAGAAAGAUUAGUGGCGGACUAUGAUUGGACUGAAGAAUGGUACCCACUUUACCUCACUAAAGAUGUCCCGGAUGAUGCACCUUUAGGUCUUACUGUGUUUGAUAAGCAAAUCGUCUUGUACAAAGAUGGCAACGGGGAGCUUCGCUGCUUUCAAGAUCGCUGCCCCCACAGGUUAGCAAAACUUUCUGAAGGCCAGUUGGUUGAUGGAAGACUUGAAUGUUUGUAUCAUGGUUGGCAAUUUGAAGGCGAGGGUAAAUGUGUUAAGAUACCUCAGCUUCCGGCGGACGCCAAAAUUCCUAAAUCAGCUUGUGUUCGAACUUAUGAGGUGAAGGAAUCACAAGGAGUUGUGUGGGUAUGGAUGUCACAGAAGACACCGCCAAACUUUGGUAAAAUUCCAUGGUUUGAGAACUUUGCCAGGCCAGGGUUUCAAGACACUUCAACAAUCCAUGAGCUUCCUUAUGAUCACUCUAUACUCCUUGAGAACCUAAUGGAUCCAGCUCAUAUUCCCAUCUCACAUGAUCGGACAGACUGGACUGCGAAAAGAGAAGAUGCCCAACCGCUUCUUUUCGAGGUGACUGAACGUUCAGACCGCGGAUUUGCAGGCUGGUGGGGGAAGGAAAAAGAUGGUUCCAGGCCAAACUUCUUACGCUUUGAAGCACCAUGUAAUCUUCAGAAUAACAGAGAAUUCGUUGGCAAGGAUGGAGUGAAGCAUUACUUCACUGGUCUCUUCCUUUGUAGACCAACAGGACAGGGAAAAUCCAUGCUUAUUGUAAGGUUUGGAGCUACUAUAAGAUCGCCCUUGUCAAAGAUUUUACCUAAAUGGUACUUCCAUCAGAAUGCAAGCAAGGUUUUUGAGCAAGAUAUGGGGUUUCUCUCAUCCCAAAAUGAGGUUUUAAUGAAAGAAAAAGUACCUACAAAGCAAUUGUACCUUAAUUUAAGGUCCUCAGAUACAUGGGUUGCCGAAUACAGGAAAUGGAUGGAUAAAGUUGGGCAUGGGAUGCCUUAUCAUUUUGGGCACAGCACCAUUUCUCUGCCUAAACAACCCGCUGUGGUGGAACAUGCACCGGCUGGGCUUGUUGCCGGAGUUUCAGCUUCUUCACCAGCUAAGGGUGGCCUGGGAACAAUGCAUGCUCCAAAUUUGGCAAACCGAUAUUUUCGGCAUGUAAUACAUUGCAAGAGUUGCAGCAGCGUUGUCAAAGCUUUCAACACUUGGAAAAAUGGGCUUGUGGCAGCGGCUCUUGCACUUUCUGCUUUGGCUAUUCUAGCUUCCGGAAGGCAGUGGAGGACCUUCCUCGUAGUCUCUGCAACCUUGUGUUUGGCUGGAGUUUAUGCUUGCUCAACUGCUAUUGCAAUUGAACACUACAAAUUCAUAAAACACACAGGAGAUUGUGAAUCAGCAAAGCGAUACCUACUGUUUUGUAUUUCAGUGUCGAUUGUCAAAUGUAGGUCCUUUUCUCUUAACCUUCUUCAACUUUAA